CGCUCUUGUUAACAUGGCUCGCGAAACUAGCGCCUCCCGACUGACACCUAGGAAUACUAUCCCACCCUUGCAGACUUCCAACAACGCCAAUGUCUCUGCAGUAAACACUUCAACACCGGCCACACACAAUCGCACACACAUUUCACACACAAGUUAUAGUAACAAUACAAAUAUGAACACGGGGGCUAGUAGUGGCUGUGCCGAGGACGAGACGAUUGCAUACUGGGGUAGUGAGGGAUGCUAUUCUGAGCGUGCAGCCAAGUCGUUCAUGCACGCGAACUUGAAACCAGGCACGCAGUCUUGGGAAACUCGCUCGUUUAUGUUGUUGGAUCGGUUGAUGGAAGCCGUUAGUACAGGAGAAUGCAGUCUGGCUGUGCUGCCCAUUGAGAACUCAAUUACCGGCACAUUUCAUCAGGUGUUAGAUUUACUUACAAAGCACGAGGUGAACAUCGUGGGUGAGACAAUCGCACAUGAUGAUGCGUGUUUGAUGGCGUUGCCAGGGGUUGAAUUGAAGGACAUCCGCAAUGUGUUGUCUCAUUCGAGUGUAUUAGAGCGAUGCGAGACUUUUUUACGUAAGGAGGUGCAAGCAGCGCUGACAGCUACAACGGACACAGCCGGUGCUGCUUUGCAUAUCAAACUGCGAGAGUUGCGCGAUACAGCGGCAGUUGCUAGCGAGUCAGUUGCUAGACUACACAACUUGAACAUACUCGCCAAGGAUAUAGACACCGGGGACUGUGCGACGAGAUACGUGUUUAUAUCUAAGGAGAAGAAGUGUACACUUAUUUCUGGUAUGUGUAACAAAACUUCAGUGAUUAUUUCACUGAGAAAUCGCCCUGGCGCACUGUUCAAGGCGCUGGCGUGUUUCGCGCUGCGAGACAUCAAUGUGGUUAAGUUUGAGAGCCGCCCAAGUAACCGUGCUGGUGCUUUGUAUGAGAUUACAAGGCCAUGGGAGUAUGUCGCGUAUGUGGAUAUCGAUGGAAGUUCAGGAGAAGAUAAGAUCAAGUGUGCAAUUGAUAAUUUGAAUGAGUUGGCCCAGAAUGUGCGUGUGCUGGGAUCGUAUCCGGUGUUUCAGCCGGCACAUCCUACUGCAUCAGGCCAACGAAGUAUUUAAAUAGCUGCAUACCCAUUUCAUGCGCAAGUUCCUGUGUGAAUUUCGCAAGGUAUGAAAAUAUUAGUUUAGUGCUCUUUCUUGGUCAGUGGAAUACGUAGGAAUUGCCUUCGACAGCGUACAAUAUAUAAAAUAUAAAUAAUUAGG